CAACUAUUAUCCAGCAAACAUAUCGUUUAUGGCAAAAACAAAUAAAUUCGGCCAAAAUAAUCCAAUACACAGUACUUAAAUGGCUCUAUCAACCCGAUGGAAUAUUUGUAAACCGUGCUCAAGAUCGGUAUUAUCUAAAUACUAAUAAACUUUUUUCUCGCAAGCUCAAAAUAUUUUUGAACACCA